GCUGUUUGCUUGGGGGGUGUUGUCGUCGCGCCACACAUCAUCGGAGGCCGAGACACCGGCUGACUGCGAGUCUGCACCUGCAUGGCAUGAUGCAGCCAGCCAGCAGUUUAGUUUAAGUGUGUGUAGAGUGCCGUAGGUAGGCAGGAAUGCACUGGUGCUAUUUGGCUUACGUCACGUGCCUGUGUGUGUGUGUGUGUGUGUGGAUGUGGCUGUGGAUGUGCAUGUGUGACAAUCGGCUGCGGCCAGGGGCUGACGCUGUUGUAGCUCUUGAUCGAGAGUGUGUUGUGUGUCUGUGGGGGCGUGUCGUAGCCGCCUCUCCUCACGACAGGCAGGUCGGUGUGGCCGAGGAAUGCGCGUGUGCGUGUGUGCCUGUCCUGUAGCGCCCACCCGCCGUCCACGGCCACCUGCACUCACUCGUCAAUACAGAAUAGGAUCUCUCUCUCUCUCUCUCUCGUCCGCGGCUCCCCUCACUGACUGACUACUUACCUGAAUCGGGUCUUGCGUGCCUGCAGCAACACAUACAUACACAGAUCUGCAGGUAUAGUAUACGUAGCAAUUUGUGUGAUGUGUUGUGUGUCGGCUACGUCUCUCCUGCCGUAAAGAUGUGGUGCUGCGGGUCCUUUCCUGAUUGUUGGAUGCAGACAGACAGACAGAAGCACGGACGGACACCGUCAGCUCGUUGGCUUGGGAGGUUAUACGUAUGUUCGAUCAACGAACCAAGGAAUGAACCAAUGGAUGGAUCACUUGACUCACCUGUUUGGGCGUUCGCCGCCCCUCGUACUCGUGCAUCGACCCAAGCUGCUCAACUCGCUGCACACACAGUGGGAACAAACCCACCAGCGACAGAAACACAGAACCAUAUGUCCGUCCGUCACAGAAACACCGCUACAACAUAACCUGCCUUGCUCUGCCUUCCUACCUGCGGCAUUCCUUGACGAUGGAUGCGCACAUUGGGCACCACAUGCGGGCCGCAAUCGCCCACAGGCACCUCCAGAGUCUGCGGCCGUGGCUCAGGCUUCCUGAUAAGGUUUUGCUUGAGGAUGUUCUGCGUGCCUUGAUAGAAGGGCUCGGCCACUGGCCUGCACAAGACACAUCAAAGACAGACAUGGCAUUGGAGAAUGACAUAUGGGGAGAGAGACACGGCAGGCAGUGUUGUUCCUCCUUCCUUUAAUUACUCAAUCAUGGGUCUCGGCGCUCUCAGUCUAACAGGGCUUGGCGCGAAGGCCCCUGCAUUCGGUCCCAUCGCCGGCGCGCCGGGCAUCGCUGGUAGUCUCGGAGGGGUAGCAAUCCCUGCAAUCCCCGGCGGCAGAGGUCGCACGAGAGCGGGCGGAGGCGUGCCGAUCGGUGAUGGCAAAGGAAUGUGUGGAGGAUGGGCCAUGCGGAAGGUGGGAGGCGUGAAGGGGCCUGGGUGAUGAUGCAUGGGGACUAGAGCGCCGGUCGAGGGCGGGAAGGACACGAUGGGUGUGGGUGUCGACGGGCGAGGAGGCGACAGUAGCAGGGGCGGCCGCAUGCUGCCGUACGGAUGCACAUUAGUCGUGUCUGCAGCAAAGCAACCGAUCCGAUCCGUGUACACGGACAGACACAUACAUACACAUAUGUAUACGUCCCUGUCUGUCUCCCUCUCCUUUGCUUACACUGCAUGAGCUUCGGCGUCACGGGCCGCUGCACCAGCACAGGCGCUCCAGCAGGGCUGUGUGUGAGCUUGUUCAGAGGGUUCGCCUUGGCUGCAGCCAGACUCACUCUGGCGACCAGAGGCGAAGGCGAGCGGCUGGGCGACGGCAACGGGGGCUGCCGUGGCGGGGUCAGAGUGGGUGACGACACAUUGACAAGGCGUGUGCGGAUAGGGGCAGACUGCGCACGCACUGGCCCGGGAGAGGGUGGCGGAGGGAAGGGCGGUGGCUGCACGCGUGAUGGGGGAGGGGUCAUUGUCCCCGGCGGCAAUGGCAUCCUGAUCGGCAUCGUUGGUGUGAAAACAGGUGGCGGAGUGCCGGGGGGCGCGGGGAAUGGCGGCCGAACGCUGUGCAUAGGGGGAGAGGGAGGGAAAUAUGGAGGGGUCAGAGGCCGUCCAGGCCCGAAAUGCGCCGAGGGGACGGGGGAUAAAGGCGGCGGGCCGAUGUACAAUGGAGGGACCGAUGAGGGCGGCGGGCGGACCGGUCCAGAUGCGGGAGAAAAGGCCGCAGAUGUCACUGGAGUGCUGGCUAUGCUGGACGGCCUGCAGGAAGACGCAGAGGAAACGUGUCUGCCGUUGCAGAGAUAGAUGGAAGAGAAAGGAAACUCACUGAGUCUGUGGGUUGAGAGCACACUCGAUCUCCUGCGCCACAGGGCCAUCAGCAUCGGCAUCCGCUGUCUCCGUCUUGCCCUUUGAAAAGCUCGGGAACUUGCCCUUCUCAGACACCACUGUGCCGCGCGGUAUCUCAGGCUCUCUUCGGCCCUUGUUGCUUUGGGCAGGAGACCCCUGCAGUGGGCCCCGUAAGCUCUUCCUCCCGCCCUAUGGCAGACACCCAUAAGAGAAAGCCAAGCAAAAGUGCGGCUGAUCGAUCCACAUGUAUUUCUUCCUGGUCUUGUCCCUCCCUCCUCCCUCCCUCCGUCCCUGACCUUGGGGCUUAUUCUUCCUUUGGGGCUGUUGCUGCCACCCAUGUGUGUGUGUGCCCAGACCGGCAUUGUUUGACUGUAUGCAUACGCCCCACCCGGCAGGACCUGCACCCCUUGCUGCACGCUCGGCGUCCAGUCGCCAACACCCACACUCUGCACGACAGGCUUAGGCUUCUCUGGCGCCGGCGGCCACAGGGGGACUUUGCCCUUCGUAACCGCCGCCUUGAGGCGACUUGCCUUGCCGGCUGCUGCCUUGUUGGCUGAUCGUGCGCUGCCUGGAGGGGUGGCGCUUCUCCGACUCCGAUCGGAGCGGGGAGUGACGCUCCUGAAGAGUUGAAAGGAAUGGCAUACGGGGCAGGCAGACAGUGAGACGCUACAGUGUUAUCUCUCGUACCUGUCCCUUCUGGGUGGGGACGGAGUUGCUCUCUUCUUGACGCUGACAGCCUUCUUUUUCUUGACCACAGCCUGUGGCGCCUUUCUGGGAGUCAACAUUUCGCUUCUCGGUGUCAGCGAUGCACUUGGCGGAGUCACCCCUCCAGGCGACCUCCGCCCUGGCAGUGGACUCUUCUUCGCGGCCCGCGCGACCUUCCGGGGGUCUCCCUUGGGGCUUCUCGAGGGGAUUCUGCUGCCCUUCCCACUACUGGGCGUAACGCUUCUCGGUGUGGACCUGGGGGUGAGGUUGUUUGAGCGUGCGUCGGUCAGUCGGGGCAUCCUCGGUGCUGGUGGGGGGCUUCGCGACUUGCCCUUGACGGCCUUGGUCUUGUUGCCUUUUGGUGGAGUGACUGGCGGGGAGCGUGAUGGUGUGCGCGAGAGUGAGGCAGAGGGCAGAUGGGAUGCCGGACGGGAGGCCGGCCGAGACAGCGGUGGCGCCGCCGACUUGGAGGAUGGCUGAGCUGCUGCACGGGCGCACAGCACGUGGGCAGACGAAAUGCAGAUGCAAUCGUUGGCUGCAGCUGUGCGAUCGUGUGUCUCACUCACUCACCUAUCGUUCGUUUCUUCGGUGCUGCAUUUCUGAUCCGCUGACUGGACGUCGACCUUGGUGUGGGCGUCUGACUCCGACUGACACUGGCGCUGCCCGGCAGUCGCUUCCCUCUUCCGAGAGGCAUGGAGCGGCUCUUGCUCGCCGCCCCAACCGCCGUGACGGCGCUCCUUUCCCUUCUCGGUGUGCUCGUUGGUGUCCUGUCUCGAGUCAUCUUGGCGCUUGUGAGGCGAGGGACAGCCGGAUGGGCCGUCUUGGUCUUGGGAGGGGCGAUGGGGCGGGGGGAUGGGGUGUGUCUGGACAGCCCGGUGCGCGAAGGUCUGAGGAUUUCUCUCCCUCCCCCCAGCAGAGUGGGCUUCGGCGUCACUGGCGCGCUUGCAUGGCGGUUCCUCGCUGGUGCCGUCACUUUGUGUCCUCCAUGGCCGGACGAUUCUUUCAGAGUCGAGCCGAAGGAGAACACCAGCCUCUCAUCCUCGUCGUGUCUGUGCUGCUUUUUGGGCACGAGAGGCGCCGAUCGCGAUUUGACGACAGAGAGAGGGGGCUGCAUUCUCUGGGGUAUUGGCUUUGCGAGUGUGCGCGACCGGCUGAUGUUGGGUGUGUUUGCUGGGGCGGGGGGAAGCGAAGGCUGCCGCUUAUUGGUCGGAGGAGUGUGGACGGGGAAGGGGGCCGUCUUGGCCAAACGAGGAGCCGUGACAGGCUUGGCCGUUGUUGAGGCGGUCUCGCGGGCGGCUGCCUUUGCCUUGAGGGGUAUCUGUAGCAAAGAGGAGGUCCGGAAGGAAGAAGACAAACACACAAACGUACGGUGACCGCACUGCUGCAUCCAUGCAUCCAUACAUACCCGCAUGUCUUCUCGGAGUUUCUGGUGGGCCUGUAAAGACCGGCGAGGCGCCGACGGGGCAGGGGCAUCCGACGCGCGCAUUCUCCUCUCCUCCCGCAGCGACCUCAGCCCCUCAUCCCGCUUGGCCGAGUUUUGCGAAUGCUCCGACAGCCGCUCAACAAUGGCCAUGGCGCUGGCCCUUUGGCUGCGUAUGCUCUCCACCUCUUCCUCGAGCUCGUGCAUGGCCCGCUCGUACUUGUGCCGACUGUGGGAGCUACUCAGCGUGUUGAUGCUGAAUCGGUGGUCGCGAUGGUCCCCUGCAGACUCGGCGAGCCGGGUUGGUGGGGGCGUCUGGUGGAUGGCAGUGUCGGCUGCGUCGAUCUGUGGGGGAGGUGGGAGGGGUGAGAGGGCGUCGAGGGGCUGGGCGACAGUGAUUGUGUCUUGCAGGUUGGUCGCCUCCUCGUGCAGGAGGACCUUCGGGAACUCUGUCGCCUGCAUACAUACAUAUAUAUUUAUCACAUCAUGAGAAUGCUGUGGUCGGCUGUGUCUUUUCCACUUACGGCUCUCGUGACGAGGGGCCUGUUAUCGCCAAAAUGAAUGGGGGUCGUCUUGCUCUGCGCGGGGGGCCUGGAGCUCAGUGCACGGGCGCCGUCAUGUGGCAUAUGGCCUAGUGGCAU